AACGGUACUUUCCUCUCGCUUCUCUCCAUCCCUCGCCUCCGUCGCACAUCACUUGCAUCUCGCGUGCGUGAAGGUAGGGGAAAGGGGGGAGAUGAGCUCCUAUCUUUUGCCGACCCUGAGUCGGAAGAGGGAGGUCGACGGGAUCAUCAGGGACACCGUCGACAAGGUCCUUGUCCUCCGCUUCGGCCGCUGCUCCGAUGCCGCCUGUCUUCAGCUCGACGACAUCCUUUCCAAAUCCUCUCGAGAAAUUUCAAAGUUUGCGACUAUAGCUUUAGUUGAUAUAGAUGCUGAGGAGAUUCAGGUUUAUGUUAAUUAUUUUGACAUCACAUUGAUACCGUCAACUAUAUUUUUCUUCAAUGCUCAUCACAUGAAGAUGGACUCAGGGACUGCUGAUCACACUAAAUGGAUAGGCUCUUUUCACAGCAAACAAGACUUUAUUGAUGUUGUAGAGACUAUAUUUAGAGGGGCGAUGAAGGGUAAGCUGAUUGUGAGCUGUCCACUUCCACCAGAGAGGAUACCCAGAUUCCAGCUGCUCUUUAAGGACUUGUAAUACAAAAACAGUGUGUAUAUAAUUGCGAAGGGCAAUGUUAUGAAACUCAUCACUCGAUAGACUGCCAUGAGUUUGAUGAGCGAGUAUAUGGCAGAUUACAGCCGGUGCCUGGUAAUCUUGCUUUAAGCAUUCCGUAACUAUGUUGGCUUGUCUUAUCAUAGUUAUUGGAAAAAUCAAAAUAUUCCACUGAUUAUAUUCUUGUUUGCAUAUGGGGAUGCCUGUAUAUGCAA